CACUGAGGAAGAAGAUCAAACAGACUCUUUAAAACGUCCUAUCUUCCGCUCUUGUGCCCAUCUGGAGCUCCUUCCAUCCAAGCUGUUCAGAUCUACUCUGUACUUGGACAAAUCCCUCUCAAUCCCUCUUGGACAGACUUUGUAUAGAUCCACUCUGUCCCUUUCCCUUGGAAAACCAUCUUUUACUCAGACCCCUGAGAAACCCGAAACCAUGAUUCAAACUAAAAGAUCCUACAGUGACUGGGACAUGGCAAACGUUGGCGUUGAUGGAACAGAAAGGCUGUCCCAGCACCUGAAGAAUGGGUCAACCAUCAAUGGCAGUGCCUUUAAAAGUAAUACUGGCUCCAACUCUGACAUGCAGUGUUCCACUUUAACAUCAAUGCCAUUCAGAACAAGGUGCCACUCAUCUUCUGCUGCCUUCAGACUGAAUGGAAAGGCUAAUGAUGUCUUAGGGCCUCCACAGAGCAAUCUAAGAGCCAGGCAGGCAUUCAGCAAGCCAUCAGGAGUCCCUCAGGUGCGCAUAAGGGCCCAUCUUGAGGUCAGAACAGUUUUCCACACUGCUGAGAAAGUCAGGAGACUUAUUGAGUGCCCGGUCUCUCCUCAUCUGACUAAUUGCAUCUGUGGGCCCAAGACUGACCAGCAGGACACAGGAUACCAGUCGCUUAGCUUGAGGGAUGCUCUUGAGCGGUUUCGUCCAGAUUUCAUCUCUCGCUCUCAGAAUCGGGUGCGACGAUUGGAACUGAGGGCCAGGGAGAGGCGGAGCUUACAAACAGCUGAAUUUAUCAUGGGCGUGGAGACGGCUAACCGUAGGCGGAACUGCACCAAACCACACCCCCUUAGUGAUAACCUUUUCAAACCCAGAGACAGAGCCAUCUCAGGCAAGGAGAUGCAAUGGAGAUCCAGGCAGAUUUACAACAAACUCCCUGAGGUGACCAAAAAGAAGGAGGAGGAGAGGAAGAGGCUGGUGUUGGAAACCAACAGACUGAGGGCUGAGGUGUUCAAAAAGAAACUUUUGGAUCAGGUUCUUCAAAGACACGGUGACUGAGGGAAGUGCCUGUUCACAAGAUUCAUAUCCCCCGCGUUCUCCUUGCCUGAGGCAAAGAACUGAAGACGAGCAAGAUCUUUGCAGCUUCCACCUGAGAGCAGAGCUUGGCUUUCUGAUGCGUUGUUCCAAAUAUAAAACACCUUUUACCGGACCUGGGGUGAAUCCACAUGACAUAUGGAUGCACAUCCAUGCCCUGUUGUGUCUGUGCAGUGUGAUAGGUAUUUUUAAGGAGAACAUGUUUGAUCAUUUUAAGACUCUAGACCACUUAAGACUCUAUAAGACUCUAGACCUGGUUGGAGUCUGUUUGCAGUUGAAAAUGUUAUGUCAAAUAAACCCUACAGAAGACAUAUUGAGCUAACUAAAAUGUACUUUUAAAUUAUAUUUGACACAAUUUCAUGUUAAUUACCCUACAGAAGACAUAUUGAGCUAACUAAAAUUUACUUUUUAAUUAUA